AUGUACUCACCCGAUCCGUGGAAAAUGAGACCAGAUGAUUACCCAUACGCAAAAUCGAAUCAAGAUACGCAUCCGGUAUCAUACGAGUCCAGAAGUCACCUACGUGGUAUGAGCUUGGACACUUUGAAACGGACAGUGAUGGAAAGGAAGGCUGGAGCAAUUUCCUACAGAACAAUGAACACCAUCGUCCCAUUUCGACUUUGCAACUGCCAGGUACCAUGGGCUGGAUGUUGCGCAGAAACGGAACUCUAA